UUGAAACUUGUACGUGGAAAAUCUCAGGUGAAGAAACUUCACAAGUCAAAAUCUUCUUCUAUUUUGAAUGGGGGCGAAUUUCUCGAACGUUGACGAUUUCUUGAACUUGAAAGGCAAAUUCCGAGUCUCGUAGCUCUACCAAAAAUGUGCCGCAGCUUUCGCCCGACAUGCUUCAUCUUCAACGAUCGAAACCCAUUUUCCGUUUCGAAUUCUCGAAUUUUCCCGCCACCCAAUCGAGACCGCUCAACACGCUUUCGUUCCUCUUCAGCCGAUGCAGCUCACGUCAACAACUCGAGCAGAUUCACGCUAGGUUCAUCCUCCAUGGCUUGCACCAAAACCCAGCUCUCUCUUGCGAACUUAUCGACUCCUAUGCGAAUCUUGGACUUCUUACUCUCUCUCAACAAGUUUUCAACUCUAUAAUCGACCCCACUUCAACUCUUUACAGUGCGAUACUGAGAAAUUUGUCGAGCUUUGGAGAAUAUGAGCGGACCCUGUUGGUGUACCGGGAAAUGUUCGCAAAAUCUAUGCACCCGGAUGAAGAAACUUACCCUUCUGUAUUGCGAUCGUGUUGCUGUUUAUCAAAUGUUGAAUAUGGGAGGAAGAUUCACGGGCAUUUGGUUAAACUUGGUGUUGAUUUAUAUGAUUCGACAGCCACUGCUCUGGCUGAGAUGUAUCGGAAGUGCAUAGGUUUUGAGAAUGGUCAUGAUCUGUUCGACAAAAUGCCUAUGAAGGAUUUUGAAUGCUGGAAUUCGUUGAAUUCAGAGGCUUCUCAAAAUGGGAACGGGGACGAAAUUUUCCAGCUCUUUGGGAGAAUGAGAACAGAACAACUGGUAUCGGACUCACUCACAUUUAUCAAUCUCUUGAGGUCCAUAGUGGGUUUGAAUUCAAUUCAGCUUGCAAAGAUUGUGCAUUGUGUUGCAAUCACGAGCAACUUGUGCGGAGACUUGUUAGUAAAUACUGCUGUGUUGUCUCUUUACUCAAAGUUGGGUUGCUUAGUCAAUGCUAGAAAAUUGUUUGACAAAAUGCCAGAGAAGGACCGUGUUGUAUGGAAUAUAAUGAUAGCAGCUUAUGACCGAGAAGGGAACCCGGCAGAAUGUCUCGAGCUUUUCAAGUCCAUGGCACGAUCAGGGAUUAGAGCUGAUCUAUUUACUGCACUUCCUGUCAUCUCUUCAAUCUCACAGUUGAAAUGUGUUGAUUGGGGCAAACAAACUCAUGCCCAUACAUUGAGGAAUGGCUCAGACAAUCAAGUUUCAGUUCAUAACUCUCUCAUUGAUAUGUACUGCGAGUUGAACAUUUUAGAUUCAGCCUGUAAGAUCUUCAGCUGGAUGACUAACAAGACUGUAAUUUCAUGGAGUGCAAUGAUUAAGGGGUGUGUGAAACAUGGUCAAUCUCUUAAUGCUUUGUCCCUCUUCUCCAGGAUGAAGUCAGAUGGGAUUCAAGCUGAUUUUAUUACAGUGAUCAAUAUCUUGCCUGCUUUUGUUCACAUAGGGGCACUAGAGAAUGUCAAAUAUUUACAUGGUUACUCAAUGAAGCUAGGCCUGACUUCUCUUCCAUCACUUAACACAGCCCUCCUAAUCACCUAUGCAAAAUGUGGGUGUAUUGAGAUGGCCCAGAGGCUAUUUGAGGAAGAGAGAGUUGAUGAUAAAGAUUUGAUAAUGUGGAACUCCAUGAUCAGUGCCCACGCCAACCAUGGAGACUGGUCUCAAUGUUUCAAGAUAUACAAUCAAAUGAAGUGCUCAAAUUCAAGGCCCGAUCAGGUAACCUUUCUGGGACUAUUAACAGCUUGUGUCAAUUCCGGUCUCGUGGAAAAAGGAAAGGAGUGUUUCAAGGAGAUGAUUGAAAAUUAUGGUUGCCAACCAAGUCAAGAGCAUUAUGCUUGUAUGGUUAAUCUCUUGGGGAGAGCCGGGCUUAUCAAUGAUGCUGGAGCACUUGUGAGAAACAUGCCCAUCAAACCCGAUGCUCGAGUUUGGGGUCCAUUGUUGAGUGCCUGUAAGUUGCAUCCUGGGUCAAAGCUUGCAGAGUUUGCUGCCGAGAAGCUCAUCGAUAUGGAGCCGAAAAAUGCAGGGAAUUACAUAUUGCUCUCAAACAUAUAUGCUGCAGCAGGAAAAUGGGAUGGAGUGGCAAAAAUGAGAAGUUUCCUCAGAGAUAAAGGGCUCAAGAAAACCCCCGGUUGUAGUUGGCUGGAAAUAAAUGGCCAUGUAACCGAGUUUCGUGUUGCAGAUCGAACUCAUCCCAGAGCAGAAGAUAUAUAUACCAUCCUAGGAAACCUUGAACUCGAAAUCAAGGAGGCCAGAGAAAAGAGUCCAGAGAAAUUGGGUAUUCUUCUAUAACACUUGCAUCCAUUUUUUCUUAUUUACAUCUUCACGUUACACUGUUUUCAUGACCUAUUCUAAUGUAUCAUGAUGUCCGAAAAUGUUAUGUUAGCAUUGAUACUUAACAAAUGGUCGACUUAGUAUAUUGAUGUAAAUGAUCUCAUUU